AUGAUUUUAAAAGAGCAGAUUCUUGCUAAACAAAAAGAACUGAGCGCAUUGAAAAAAAUCAAUGCUCUGACAGACUCUAUGCGCUCGCAGCUGGAUGCGCUGGCGGUUGAAGUUGCUGGUAUGCAUCAAAACGCUGAGAAUGUUGCGCAAGUGAUGCAAAAUUGGGACUCCAUAGUAAGGUCUAUCUCGCAGGCGAGUUUGAGCCUUUUGCAGUACUCAGAAAGGGAUUACGAGGUGGGGGCCUGGAAGCAGGAAACUACUGACUCCGAGCAGCAGACUUCAUCCCAGCAAAACACGGCAGAGGCACCUUUACCAGAGACAUUGGUGAGGAUAAAAGUCGAUAAGGACGAAACAAGUUCGAAUGCUUGA